UCAUAUCAACCAUAAUUUUUGUAUUACACCAGCCGAUCCUGGCUUAGUAGCCAAUCGCAACAUCUUACAAAAUGGUGUGACUGACUGUUUUAAUUCUCAUUACUUUAUAAAUUUAAUUGCAAAUUUUGUAAAAAUCAUAAUUAUUAGCAACACAAAUUAUAAAUAUAACAGGUAAGGUGUUAAUUUAUAUAAGAAAAAAAUAAACAUUUGCAUUAGGAUAAACCAUGCAACUGUUGGAUGUAGAAUUUACAACUAACGACCAUUACAACUGAAAAUUAUUAAAAAGGUCUUGGUAUAUUACACAACAGCUUUGUCAUCUCAUGCCACCAUUUUGGUGUGCAUGCUAAUUUUUUGGGAUCAGUAAUUUUCUUCUUUUAAAAUUUUUGUUUUUUUAUUUUAAAAUAAUUUUCUUGCUUAUUUAAUGUCUUUAUUAGAGGCUAAUUCCUUCACAUGUUUACAACUUCUGUUUUUUUUGUAACUUAUGUUUCAAAAAAAUACUUACUUAAAGAUAGAAAAGCAUAGCAAGUUAUAAUAUGUGCACUUACCUGUGAAGUAUGUUCAAGGCAUUUCUUGCUUGUUUGGGAUAAUAUUUACUGAGUUAAUUUAAAAAAAAAAAAGCUAUUAACUUCUAUUAGUAUGCAUUUUAUCAUGGUCAUCUCUCUAUUCCCUCUUUGAUACACACAACAGUAUUAGUUCCUGCAUCCUGUGUACCAUUUAUUUUUUAUUUUUUUAAACAUUGUUAAUAACUUCAAUAAUAUGACAUAAUAAAGUUAGCAAAUAAUUUUAAUCCAGAAUAUCUAUUAUAACCCUGUCUCAUGGUUGACGCUUCUGCAUGCUUUAAAACCUCAUUAAUUGUUUAUAGUUGUUUUAGGGCCUGCUUUCUCUUUUUCUUAGACUUUAUUCUUUACUUACAUCAUAUACAAGUCCUGAUUAUAUUGUUUAUUUAGAAAAUUGCCAGAUUCUUCUGCUGUUAAACAAGUUUUUAAGUUAAUAAUGACUUAAUGAAUCUAAUAAAUUUACUCUAAAGUUGUGUCUAAUAUUUAAUUUAUUAAUGCAGUUUUAUAAAAGUGAAAAGUUUCAGUAAUGCAAAUAGAACUAAGUUGGAAAGGGAAAAAUAAACUGAAAAUGGAACGCAUUUCCAAUAAUGAUGACUGUUUUAUGUAUUUGUUGUGUGUUUCACAAGUGUGCCAAGAAAUGUCACUGUACAUAGAUAUUUGUUUUGCAAUUUUAAACUUUAUUUCUAAAUCUUUAGUAAAUAAACUGUUAGUCUUACUAAUUUUAACAAUUCAAGAUGUGAAUUUGAUGAGACUGCAUUAUUGUUGCUUUAUCUAACACUGUUGGAAAGGAUUUAUUCCCUACUCUAAAACAGUAGAACGUUUAACCUUUCUUUUGUUUCUCUUUUAGAACUGGUUAAUGUGCCUAAAUAGUAUGAAGAUGACAUUUGCUGUAACAUUUAUUCCUGAUUUCCUUCAGUUAAAGUUACAUUUUUCUUGUUAUAUUCACCUACUGGAGUGAAUUUGGUGAAUAGUUGCAGUUAGUUGCUGUUGUACAAACAUUUCCAUUUUCUUGUCACUAAGAAGAAUGAUCUAUAGUUUUGUUAAAUAAUUAGAGGAUAUUUCAUUUUAAAUAUCACCUAGGACUUUUGUAAUAAAAAAUUCAAGAAAUAUCCCGUUGAAAAACAAAUUCACCAUUUACUUAGCAGUGCAUGAGACUGAGGGUGUGUCUUGUUGUCCUGAUGAGGUUGUUUGAUCCCUAUUCUAAAAAAAAUAUACAGCAAAAGGUCAUGGAAAAAAUGAGCGCUGAUUUAGUUUUCUAGCAUGCAGAUCUUUGCAUUGAUUUAUUUUACAUUAAUGUUUAUUGGUUUGCAAAUCGACUAUAAAUCUUAAAGGCACUAUUUUGAAUAUAUAUUGUUUUUGUGGACAGAGUACCAAUACAUGAUCUUUUGCAAGUCCAGUUUGCAUCUUUCAUAACUGUUGUCUGGUUUUUAUGGCUGAAACAAUAUUGAUAGUUCAAACUUCAAUACUGUUAGAUGUUUAUGUUGUCUUUUUCAUCUUAAGUCAAUUCCCCUCAUUUAUUUAUAAAUUUAUAUAUAUAUAUAUUUUGGUUUUAGACUACUCUACCUAAUUAUGGCACUAACAAAGUGGGGCUGUGUUCUUUUUAACAAUUUAACAUUUAAAUGUAGGAAGAUCUAAAAAGUGAUUAUGAGUUUUCAAACACUGUAAAUUAUAAAUGCUUGUGUACUAUUGAACAAUGAAGUUUUAUGAAAAAAUUUGUUUGAAGUUAUGGUAAAUAAUGGUAAGUAAUUAGAUUAAAAUCCUAUUUUGUGUGACUAUAUAUUGUGAGAAAUAUGCAGGUGAGUCCAAAGCAUAAUUAUUUAAAGUGACAUUUUAACCUUGUUUAAAAUUAAAACUAUAUUUCUUGUAGCUUCUAAUUUGUAUAAAGAUUUAGAGUAGGUACAUCAAUGACUAAAAAAAUAUUUUGUAAUAAAUAAUUAAAAUUAAAACUUUUACGCCAAACAAAUGAAAAAAGCUUCAAAUUAAUUUUAGAAGCACAUUUAAAAGUAGACACUUUGAUCCGACCUUUAUUUUUAAAUUUCGAACUAUAUCUCUGUCUGCAGAUGUAUAUUUAAAACGUUUAACUUGAAUUAAUGUAUAGUUUACAAUAGUUCUUGUCUCAAUUAGUUUUCUUUAUAUUUUUUGUUUAUUUAAUAUAUUGGAGAAAUUUCAAAUUUUGAACAGAGCCUUAUUACUUAGGCAUGUUUUGAUACAAUACUGACUUGACUGUUGCUUUUUUCUUGACUUACAACAGGUAUUUAUGUAAAAAAAAACUUUAAAAAUUGUCUUUGAUGUUUUCUAGGUGGUCAUUAAGGUACUCAGGAGUUGUAGAUUUAUUAUAAUUUUUUUUCUUUUUCUAUUCAUUUAACGCAUCUGCAGUUAUUAGUGUUCUUGCUUUUUUUCUGUUGUGUCAUUGGUUGUCCUAACAGUAUGGCAUCCCAAAUUUAUACAUUUUAAAGCUCAUCUGUAUAUUCUAAUUGUUUACAAUUUCUCACUUAAAAGCCAAUACAGUAGUUUCAAACACAUUUUUUCCAAGUUAGUUUCGUAAUUGAUGUAAACUUGCACAUUGCUUUGGGUUUAAUACUUUCAUACUUAUAAAGAGUUUACUGCAUUUGUAAUUUAAGUAUCUAAAAACAAACAGAAAAUUACACAAAUCCAUUUUCCUUAAAAAAAAAUCUUAAUACUAUGAAAUAUUUUGCUUGAAAUAAUCAUGGCUAAACAAUUUAUAACAAUCAAUUAUAGCAAAAACACAAAAUUUUAUAUACCCAGAGCAAUUUUUGUCUUGCAAGAUUUCCCAAAGUAUCUAAAAUUAGUGUGCCCUGCUUUUUUAUUUUUAAAGAUUAUUUUAGAAACUUUUUAUUUACUAUUUUAAAAUGUUGAAAAUACACGUCUGUACAUAAAUUAUUUACAGAAACAAAGCAGGGUGCACUUUCUAAAUUCAUUAUCCUACAAAAUUGCAAAGGUUUAUGUCCUCUGUUUAUUAUAUUGUAUUUUUAACAGUGUUUGACUGCACCCUAUAAUAAAAAUAACUUGGGUAUUGUCCCAUUAACCAAAGCAUUGCAAGAAUGUUAGAUUAUAAAAUUUUAUCUGGUACACUUUUACUUACAUGGUUAGCUAAAUUUCUGCAGAAUUAUCACUUUGUGUUUACUAAAAUUUAUUUAUAUAGAUUUUUAAAAGUGUUUAAAUUUAAAGUAGUUUAUUUCUUAAGAACUUGAUGGAGAAAAAUAAUUAAAUCAACUCAUCUAAAAUAUUCUUGCUGAAUACAGUGCAGUAAAUCCUUAAAAGCAUGUACACAAUCACUUAAGUUUCCUGCUUUAUAGAAUAACUAAAUUUAUUUUAAAAAAUGACUAAAUUAUUGCAUAUAUCUGUACAUCAUAGAAGUUUUCAACUUGGAAUAUGUAACAUUUUAUAAAUGUAUAAUUUUAUUACCCGUUUGUUUUCAAAAUUACUACUGCUCAAGAAUAACACAUUUUUAUUACAAUAUUAUCAGAUUUUAUCAUCAGUUUGUCUACAAUAGCAAUUUUCGGACAAUAGUAUAUGAUAAACUUAAAAAUAAUCUAUUAAAUUUUUUAGAAGAGUUUGUGUGUAAUUUUACCAGUGGUUUGAAAUAAGUAUAUUGCAAUUAGCUUUAAUUUCCAGUUUUAAUUUUGAAAACUUUCAUCCCAAGCUUUUCCCGCCCAUUCACAUAGUACAUGGCUUUUCAGCUGCAUUAUAAUUUAUUGUUUUGUUGCACUUGACAAUUUCAAGCUAUCUAGAUGCUAAGGUUUCAUUGAAGAUUUGGGCAGCCUUUUACUUUGUGUAUCUAGUUAAUUUUUCCAGUUUGCUGACUCUUUUGUAUGAAAAUAUUGCAUGGUAGCAUUAAGGGAUUUUGUAAUACCAUAACCAGCUUCAUUAGAGCAGGUCUUGUACUAAUGACGUAAAUCCAGUUGUCAUCUUUUUCACUGUUGUGUACUACUUCAUUAAAACUGGAUGAUGACUUGUUUAUCAUUCUUAUCCUGUGUAUGUUUGUUGUAAAUUUAAUUACCGAAUAAGGUAGCAAUUAUUAAAUAAUAUAGAUAGCUAAAAGCUGAUUUUUUUUAGCCCACAAAGCUGUACAGUAAGUUUAAAAAAAAAAUAUACAUUCAGAUUUUAAAAAGUUAAAUUUAAAAUGAUUGUUUAGAUGAAAAGUAAAAAAAAAUGUUUAAAAGCUACAAUGUUAGGUUUAUAAUGAUUUUCUUUUUUUUUUUAAUUUAAGAUAUUUUACAGAUUAAAAACACAAGGAUGUAAGUUUUUUUAAGGGUUAUUAACUUUUUGAUUGAAGUGCACUCUUUUGAGUCGGUACUUUAGGUACUUCACCAACACUUUUUUGUGCUUACGUAAGUGCUAAUUUCAGGAAGAUUGCCUCAACAUUAAAACCUAAGGUGAAUAUACAUCUGUCUACUACACUUAUAACAAUAAUAACUUGACAGCAUGAUGUGUGAUCUUUCACGGUUUGCCUGAGUAACUAAAUUUUAUUCUGCCUGAGGACAUCUCAAAGUUGGUUGGGUUCGGUUUAUUUUUUGGUCUGAUUACAUUUCUGUUGUCAGCUUAUAGAUUACAAGUUAUUUAUUUAAAUCACUUUUUUAAAAGCAAAAUUAUGAUAGUAAUUUUGGCAAAUUUUAGUCAAAUUAGAUUUUCAGCUUUGUUAUAUUUAAAGAGAGUAUAUUUUUAUGAUUUAAUAAUUUUUCUGUUUUUUUAACCAUUUCUACUUUUGUCUUUUUCAAGUAUUUGAUAAGUAUAAUUUUUUCUUAGUUUUUUUUAUGUAUUGUAUGAAAUGUCUGUUAAGAUUUAAGUAGUUGAACAUUUAAAAAAAUUAACAGUUCAGUUUCAAUGAGCUUUGUUUAUUUUUUCUGUGUACUUUGUUUAUUCUUAAGUAAAAAAAAAGUGUAAUGUUCGGGUUUUUAUUUAUUUUGUGGCAGUAUUUACGUUUAUUUAGCAGUAAAUACAUAUUUUGUUAUGGUAUUAACAUUCUAACAACUAAUUGUAAGUAUUAUUUAACAAUGUGCUAAUAUACUUUUUAAACCUUUUGUUUUACAUUUGCCCAUUUUUUAUAAUUAUUUUCAAAUAUUGAGAGUUAAAACAAUAUAACCCAAAUUAAAUUAGCUAUAAUUUGUAAUCAUGGCUAAAACUAAUUAUAUUGCCUAUACUAUUUUACACACUUUUCUCGCUGGGCACCAUUUUAUAACUCAUAGGAAAAAUAAAGUAGCUUGAAUGUUUUAUUUAGACUUAUAAAUAUGAGUACAUCUAAAAAAAAAGAAACAGGAUUAAAAAUAGGGAAAUAGGAAUAAUCUGACUUGUUUUUUUAUAUUUACAUCCAUUUUAAAGCUUUCAAUCAUUAUUUAUUUAAAUCAAGAGCUAAUUUCUAAGGUCUGAAGUUAUAGUGUAUAAAAAAAAAAACUAAAAAAAAUCUCACAUAAAAAACAAAAAAACAUAAUUCCUGCUUUUUUUAAGUGAAGCUUUUAAUUGUCUGGUGACUAUUUAUGAAUCCAACAUUUCAAAAUAUACAAAAUUCUGAUUUCCUUCUUUUAUAUUUUCUUAGUAUUAAAAAUUCUUACUAGAUCUUUACUAACCUGUACUAAAAAAUGUUUCAGUUUUAAAAGCUUUUUUGAUCAAUAACCAGAUUUUGUCUUUGAAGGCGGUAAAAUACCUGUACACAUCUCAAAAUCUAAAAAAAUGUAACUGUUAAUUGCCAGAAUAAGUUCCAAAAAAUAAUAGAAAAAAGCAUACAUAAAUAAUAUUGAAGAAUUUUGAGUAGCUAACUGUUAAAUCUAAAAUUUCUAUUAUAAUUUUUAAUAAAAAAUACAACUGGGCAAAAAUUUAUAAGUGUUCAUCACAUACCAGGCUAGAUAGGGGAUUUACAACAUUGUGCACACCUUUUUGUAAUAACAAUUUGGCUUAUUAAUGUAGCAUGUUUAUUGACUCAAAGCCCUUCUAGUGACAUAUAGCACUGAUAUCAACUACUAAGACUAAAAUAUUGGUUACUUAUUUGCUAAGCUCAGCAUUGUUUAUCUGUUGGUUUUUUAUUUAUAAGUUUACAGUGAUGUCACCUCGCCAGGAGCCCAGCUGAAGUAAUCAUUGCUUAAGUCUUGUACUUUAAUGACAUAAAAUAAACAGUUUUCCAAGCUUGCAUACAUUUCAAUAGCUGCUUUGCUUUCAAAUUUGUACCUAGAUUGUGAUGGGAGAGUUUUUAGCUUUAGCCACAUAAACUAAAUAUGAAAUGGUUUUUUUUUUUUUUGUUUAAGCAAGCAGCAUGAAGUGUAUUACUGAGCAUCUGAAUUUAUUUUAUUUUCAUCUUUUAAUUCUUCACAACACCCUACCUCUCACAUUUGAUAGUUUAUAUAUUAGUGGCUCAGAUGUAUUAGUUGCUAGUAGUUUUAGAAGUUGUCAGUGACUUUUUAUUUAUUUCAUUCUGCAUGUUUAUAUACCUUUACCAUAUUAAACUACUGCUCAUCGUUUGCAUUGUAUUUUAAUUUUAAAUUUGUAUUUUAUAUUUGAAAUGUUUCAUACUGACACUCCUAUUGUGUUGUAAUGGUAAAACAACACUGCAAAUCAUUGCCUGUUUGGAUUAAACAGUCUCUUCCGAGUUGAUACAAUAGAAUUUCCUUUACUGCUAUUCUUGACUAUUUUUAAAUAGAGAAAGUAGUUAUAGUUUAAGUCAAAUUUAAAAACAAAUUUUGUAUUUGUUUGUUUAUUAAUUUUAAAAGAAAAAAAAGCAUAUAAUAUUAGUAUUUACUUUUUGAAAUAUAUUCAUAUGAAAAGGGUCUCUAAAACAACACAUUGUUUAAAAACAUCAGAAGAUAGCAUUUUAGCUUAGCAUCACCCCUAUUAAUUGGAUUUGAUUUAACACCCUUCUAUAGUAAUCUUGAGACUUUUACAUUUCAAUUAACCUUUAGAGCUAUAAAAUGUCAGGUCAUUAUAGUGCUUUAAAACUUUAAAUUUUAUUUAGAAAAAAAUCUUUUUAAUUAAAUUAAGCUUUUCUACCUCAGUUAACAAUAAUUUAAUAAAAAACAAACUAAUAAAAUUAUUUUAAAACUUAAAUUAUCCAACAGUAAAUACACUGCCAGUUAAAUUAAAAAAAUAAAAAUAAAAUAAAAUAGAAAACAGCUUUUAUCUGAUUAUUUAGAUGAAAAUGUUUUCUCACAUAUCAGUGAUUUUAGAAAUUAUAUAUGAAUUUACUCUUUAUGUCAUCAUACACUAAGUGGUUGAUAAUUAGAGUAGAAAAAAGAAUUCUGAAUUUCUGUUUGGUGAUAGACUGUACUUUGUGUGAAAUUGAAAACUGCAUCAUAAGUUUAAACAUUGUCAUCUUCUUUGUCUCAUUUGGUCUCACUAUACAGAAAUGGUGUGGGUUUACCCCUUUAUACAUCAAAGCACUAGAUGCCCUGCACAUGGUUGUUCAUGUAGCUUGCUUCAUCAGUUGUAUUUUUAUUUUAAUAAAAAAAUCUGUUGCACCAGGACUUUAAUCCAUUCAUUCGUUAAGUGACAGUGUCUUUGAUUUCUUAACUGAAUUGAACAGCCCUUUAUUUUAAAAUUUACAUCACUGACCUUUCAGGGUUUUUUCUUGUGUUCAUUUGAAAUCAAGGCCAUUGUUAGGAAUGAUUUUUUUUUUUAACCUUCUUAAAUUUUAACGUCAUAGAAAUUAUUGGUAAUUUAAUAUCUGUGAUUUUUUUUUCCCCUCUUUAAAACUUGAAUUAUACAGAGGUGCAAAAACUUCUGCAGCUUAUAACUGUUCUGUAGCUUAUACUUAUAUACAUAUAUAUUUUAAUUUUAUGUAAAUUAUUACUCUGAAACUACAAACACUUUUAAACAUAAAGUAGAAACUUCACAUGCAAGUUGUAUGCAUAAAACUGAUUCAGUCUGAUCUCUUAAAGUGGCAUGUUUUCUUCAAAUUAUUUAUAUUUAAAAUCAACCACAUGCUAGCUAGUUCCUUAGUUUUAAAAUGACCAACUAAAAAGAUUUUUUUCAAAGUAAAUACUGAUUGAUAAACACCAGAACUAAUCAAUCUUUUAUAUACAUCUACUUGUUCAGAAGUUUCUGCUAAAUACAUUUUUGGGAUGUUUUAAAUCGUAAGGGGACGAUGCACAUACAAAUAUUAAAAUGUUAAUAUGUAUUUUGCCGAAAUAUUGGCUGGUUUAAUUUUAGCUUAAGCUACCUGAGAGUAUGGUUGAUCUUCUUCAGGAACAGUUAUGUGGCCUUCAUUUCCUUUGUUGGAGUCUUACUCUUCAACUGAAAUUUUAUAUUUUCUUCAAUUUUUGCUCUGUCUGUUUACCCACAGGAAAGGGUGGGAGCCAAGCAUCCCAGAAGAAAGAAAGUUCAGCCAUCAAACUACCUGGAAGUGGUGAUGCCUCUGUAUCUUCUGGAGCAGUACUUGAAAGUACCCCACCAAGAGAUGGUGCCAGCACUUCAGCUGGUUCAGGCUCCGCCAGCCCUGCAGACAGUGGGAGUAACCUGACCCCGGUCAAGGUACAAGUGACUCCUUCACCCAUCUCUGAUGAGAUUUCUGCUGAAACACCAGAGCUACCCGUGACACCUGUAACUGAAGGGAAGCUUACAAAAGCUAAGACCCACCAUACCAAAACAACCCCUCCAGUGAAGGCUUCUACAAAAUCUGAGCCCAAAAUAACCAUCAAGGCUCCUACAACAGUGAAAGCCACCAGGUCAACCACCAGAUCCCUGGCUGCAAAGUUGAGCUCGGUCACAAAAGAGACCCAAGUGUUGCCACUCGAGGGAUCAUCAACACUGUCAAAUAAAACAGUGAAAAAAGAUUCUUCACCCCCCACAUCUAUUGUAGCAGAGAUUGUUACAUCACCAACUUUAAUAUCUAGUCCAGAAAAAAGCCCUGGUGUGGUCAAAUGUGUGGAAAACCUAUUAGACAGUUUGGAUGUGAUUCCUCUACCUGAAAAGCUGGAGAUGUCAGAAAUCAAAAUUCCCCCACCAAUAAAAACUGAAGAUGUGCCUUUGCCUCCUGGUAGCCCAAAAGAGAAUCUUACUGAAGACAAUGGAGUAAUAGAGGAUUUACAUGAAAUUCUGUUGCCUCGUGAUCUCCCUAGUGAUAAAAGCAUAAAAGAUGCUACAGAGCUUGCUAAAGGCAGCAUCAGCUUCUCAUUCAGCAAGACCACCAAUAAAAUAGCAACUACUUCAUCUGCCUUUGAUCAAGAAGAGCCUGAUAUGGUGGAACUCCCACCAACUCGUCCCCUAACUUUGAUGGACAGUAUGGAAGAGUUAAAAAAAUGUGUAAAGAUGGACAGCCCUGUUGAAGAAGAAAUAAAAGAUGUGGCACUAACAUCUCCCCCUGUUAUAUCUGGAAACCCUAGAUUGUUGGAGAAUUUUGUUAAAGUUGCGUUAGCUAAGGAUACUGUUGAAGAAAUUGAUUGGCCAAUGGAAACCAUCAAGUACACGAAGACACAGCCCUCUUUACACUUCAGCUGUAACCCCCUACAGUUUAAUUUUAAAGAUAUAUACAAAGUACCAGGCUCACAAAGUCCUAAGCCAGCCGAGCAGCAGGUGGACGAGAAUAAAGUGGAACCCUCCAAGGACACUGUUGAAGUUGAAAGUAGUCUGAGCACUGAAGUAUUGAAGAAAUCACACAAGUCAAGACGAAAACAUUCUAGAAAAAAGCAUAAAAGGAAAAAGGAAAGCAAGCCUAAAGAGGGAGAAGUAAAGGUUGAUGAAGAAAAUAAAAAGGAAGAAGGGGAGGAAAAACAACCUGAAGGAGAAGAAAAGACAAAAGAAAAAAAGAAGAAAAGGAAAGAGAAGAGAAAGAGGAGACAUAAAAGUAAAAAAGUGGAAAAUGAAGGGGAAGAAAAAGUGGAAGGAACUGAGAAAUCUAAAAGGAAAUCCAAACGCAAGAGAAGCCAUAAGGAGAAGGAAGAGGAAGCAACAGAUGCAACAAAGGAGGGUGUUAAAGAAGGGGAAGAAGAGAAGCCUGAUGCUGUUCAAAAUGGGGAGAAACCUUCGACUUCCAGAAAGCAUAAAAAACAUAAGAGGAAACAUAGGAGGCCUGGUUCAUCUAGGUCAGAGAAAGCCAAGGCUCUCAGUGCAUCAGAGAAAGCCAAAGUGGAGAAUAACAUUGACUGUGUUAAUGCUAAAGAACCAAAGGUUAAAAUUGACUACAAUGAUGAAGAGGAAACCCAUGUACCCUCAGAUAAUGAACACGAACCUUCAGGUGAACCAAAAAUAAAGAAAUUCAGAAGAUCAAAAAAGAGGCACAGGCAUAGUCAAGGGCGGGAUGAAAAUAAAGAGGCCAGUGCUGACAGUGCAUUGAAACUAGAAGAAAGUAAAGAUGAUCUCAGCGUUGUACUGAAGACACAUAAGAAACAAAAUGAUGAUGAGAGGAAAAGUGCAGAUUUGAAAAACACACCUAAUAAAAACUUAAAGGAGCAAAGCCUGGUGAAGAAAGAAGGGGAAAAUAAAACACCAAAUGGUGAAACGUCAGUCAGUCGCAAACGUUCAGCCAGCAUGUCAGCUGCUGAGUCUGUUACCCCAGCUAAAAUUGCCAAAUCUGAGUCUCAUGAAGACACUUGGAGCAAGAUGGAAGGAUUCUUUGAACACAAGGAGGAAGGAGAGGGUACAAAAAGUAAAUGGGAUACCAGUGACAGUGAAGGGGAAGACGUUCUGAAGAAAACUUUGGCGCCAAAUGGCCCAUUAUCUCUUUCAGAGGAUGAGAAAUCCAAAACAGACACAAAGCAGGUGAAUGGGAAAAUAGCUCUAUCCAAUAACUUGACAAAUCCAGCGACUCUCCUGAAUAAUGUCAUUAAACAGGUUGCCAAUUCAGAGACCAGCAAAACCAAGUCAGAUUCAGACAAUAAUAAUAAAGAAGGCUCAGUCACUUCUAAUUCCAAGACCCAAAGAAAGUCACGUAGCCACAACAGAAGCAGCCGGCGCUCCUACAGCUCCUCUGAAGAAUGGUCAUCAAGAUCUCGAUCUAGGUCAAGGUCGGCAAGAUCUAGGUCAGAUUCUUACAGAAGCUACACUGAUGAAUCAAGGUACAGUGAUGAAUCUCGGUCACCAAGCAGGUCAUCCAGGAGUUACAGCCGAAGCCGUUCUAGACAUCGGCAUCAUCACAGAAGAUCUUCAUCCUCCCGAAGGCAUAGAAGUCACAGCUACAGUAGCCGGUCUAGCUCAAGCUGGUCUCGCAGUCGGUCAUACAGCCGGUCAAGGAGCUACACUCGCUCUCUGUCACGCUCUCAUUCAAGGCGAGGUAAAUCUAGGAGCCCUCGCCACAAGCUUAGAAAAAUUCUAAAAUCCCCAGUGUUGCCAAUUUCAGUUCCAACAAUAACCGUAGCACCCGUCACUGGAAGUGCCAGUGGUGGCAAAGGUGGGGGACCUCCUGAAGACAUACCAUUACCUGGUAAAGAUUCUCUAACCCCAUCAAAUCAGCCUGAGAAUGAGAAAAAGGAGGAAGAAGGUCUCAUUGAUAUCCCUCUGCCAAAUACUGGUGAUAAGAUAAAGACAGAAGUCAAGGAUGCCUCGUCUGGCCAAAGCACAUCCCCAUCCACAACCUCCAUUUCUAACUCAGUGGCCGGCACAUCCCUUGUGGCUAGCACAACCCUCACUACAGCUGCCACUGAAGGGGGAACUGCUGGACAACCUGAACCUUUAAUGGGAGCCUUGGAUGCUACUGCAGACCAGUCAGGUUAUGAUUUACAUGCCUACAAUCAUAUGGGGUAUCAGUCUGCUCAUGAUCCGUCUUUCUGUGAAGAUACAGGCUAUGAAGGUUUUGAAUUUGAUGGAGGGGAGUAUGACCAAGGUUAUGAUGAAAGUCAGGAAGAUUAUGACUAUAAUCAUGACCCUUAUCAUCACCCACCUUUAAGACAUCCUGGAAACAUGCAUCGGCUGAGGGGCCCACCUCCGCCUGGCUAUAGGGGGCCACACCCUCGAAUGUUUCCUCCACAUGAUCCUCGUUUUGGACCUAGACCUGGGAUGGGGCCCAGAAUGGGUCCAAAUGGUCCCAUGGGUCCUAGAGGACCUCGUCCACCUAUGGGACCAGGUGGACCGAUGGGACCUCUUGGAAUGAGGGGACCUUUAAGAGGGCCCCCACGCGGCCCACCUGGACCGAGAGGCCCACCAGGAAUGCAUGGACCUUUAGGAAUGCGAGGGCCACCUCGUCCUGGUAUGAUGGGUCCACCUGGACCAAUGGGACCAGGAGGGCCAAGACCCAGAAUGGGUCCACGUAUGGGACCACCAAUGCCUGGACAAGGCCCAAGGUCUCGCAUGGGACCCCCAGGAUCCAUGCAGGGCCCACUGAGGGAUGGACAAUAUCCACCACUUAGACCUGGCAUGCCUCUAGGCCCCAAUUUUAGAAAUCCUAUGCUUAACCUCAGCCAACCACCGCCAAAUUUCCAAGUGCCACCUCCAUCUGAAUCAGGAUCCAAGGAUUCUCUUGACCCUCCACCUCUUCCUCCUCCCAAGCCACCAACACCGCAACCUCCACCUCCACCAAAGAAAGAAGAGAUUAAACCAAUGGCACCACUUAUUCCACCAGAGCAGGCUGAACAGUACAGAAAACUGCAGGAGCAGGCGCAAAAGCAUGCAAAGAAGCAGCAGAGAAAGCAAGAACAUCAAGCUAAAGGUGAGCCAGAAAGCAGUGAUGAAGAUGAAGAAGAGCAGGCAAAGAAAAAAGAGGAUGAAGCCAAGUUAGCCGCUGAGCAAAAGGAAAUGGAAGAGGCUGCUUUGCUGGCAGCUCAGGGAGAUGAAGUGAGUGUGGAAGAGGGAGCCACCAUUCUAAUGCCAGCGACCCAGUCUCCUUUAGUUCAGCAGCCCACUGUAGUGAUUCAGCAGCACGCUGUGGCUGCCUCCCCUUCACCCUAUGGCUUGGUACCUACAUCUCAUUUAGUCCAUGCAGGACACCCAGCUUUGCAUGCAGCUCAGUUCCACCAUCAGCAUGUCAUGGCAUCAGCCCAGCCUCAGCUUGUACAGUUACCCAAUGGACAAAUGGCCUAUGCAACACCAUCCUCUAUUCCAUACCAGGCAGGUGCACCCAUGAUAGCUAUGCCACAUCAUGCUCUACAGGCAGCAGCCAUGCCACAGCAUGUCAUGCUGUCCUCUGGUGGCAUGCACCCUCAUCAGAUGCAAGUAGCAGCCCACCCGGGUAUAGCAGUGACCAGUGCUCAGUAUGUGACCCACAUGAUGGCUGCCCAGGCACAAGCUCAGGCCCAGGCACAUGCCCAAGCGCAGGCCCAGGCUGUACAGAUGCAAGCGGCCCAGGCCCAAGCUGCCCAUGCUCAGGCAGCACAGUUCCAUGGACUAGUACCUGGCAUGCACAUUGGUCAGCAUGUCAUGCAAGGUGUUCAUCCACAAGGACAGUUUAUACUUGUUCCUAGACUAGCAAGACCUCACAUUUAGACUUGAAAGGAGAAGAGCUUGCUAACAUUUUAUCUUGUAUAUUCACAUCAUGAACCUACUGUAGAAAAUGACAAAUCAAGGGUUUUAUUUAGUAUCAAUAAAAUAUUAGUACAAUGUUUCUAUGUUGUCAUAGCAGGGUAAAUGUUUCAUUGGUUGAUCAUGUGUUUCAGCCAUUAAGCUGCCUGACAUUGUCACUAUCAUUUAUCAUUUCACUCACCAUGUGAUAGUAGCUAGUUGUACUUGUUCUGUAUGCUGUCAUCAUGUGAUCUUAGGAUACCAAGAACUGCAUUGAUGUAUUAUUUUUCAUUUCAUCCCAAUUUUUCAAUUUGUCAUUUUCCCCCUUAAAAGUGCAUUUGUACAUAUUGUUAAAUUUUAUUAUUUUAAUUUAUUGUCAUUUUGAAUGUGUUCAAGGGUUGACAUGUGACUACCUUAAAGUGGUUGUUAUCCAAUAAGGAUAUAACAUAUUUUUUUGGGUAUGACUUAAAGGGUUGUUAAAUUAAAAAUAAAAUAAGUUUAAUGUCUACUAUAUUAUAUCAUUAAUUUGGAUCCACCAUAGUAUUGUUACUCUUUCUCUCUCUCUCUGCCCCCCCCCCCCCCCCCCCCCACCGCUUAUUCUAAUAUUUUAUUUGUCUGAUAUUGGUAAUGGACAUGUAAUGAAUAUCUCAAGUGAUGAUUGAUUCUUUGGAUGAUUUUCUUUUAAAUAUAUGAUAGGCAAUUAUGAUUGUUUUACUAACUGUAAAUCACUCACACAAAAAAAUACACAAAUCAGUGUAUUUUUUAAAAAGAAUAUGUGCUCUUAGUUUUAAUUUCCCUUCAAAAUUAAACCUCUGAUAAGUGUUCAUGAAAACGUGUUGGUACUCAGAAGUUUACUUUUGUCUUAAUGUUAUUUUAAAGAUGUCUGAAAGUUUUGUAAAGGAACAGAGUGAAACAAAAUUAAUUAGGUAUAGAAAACCCAAGGUUUUUUUUUUAGUCUUGACUGCAGAUUUAAAAUGUGAUAAAUGUUUAUAUAACAGGGGCUUGAUGUUUAUUUAUUCUAUAUUAAGUAGCCUACUUUAGUGAAAAUCUUUAAAUUUAAAAUUUUACAAAGAUAAAUGAAUUUAGUUCUAUGAUUAUACAAAGUAUACUUAUAUCAAUAUAAUAUUAUUAAAAUAUCAAUUAUUUUAGGUUAUCCAUUCAUUGUUCUGUGUAAUUGUUUUCAUAUAAUUGGUCAUUUUAGAAUAUUAAACUGUUUCUAUCUUUAAGUAGUUGGUGUUGAAUGUCAGCAUAGCGUUGUGCAGGACUUCAUAUUUAGAUGAUAAAACCUCAUAUAAUAAUUCUCUUAUACAGUAAUUCACUAAAAACGUGAUUGUUGAUUGCGUGGGGAGCGCUAAAGCUUUUGAGGGUUUAAGCAAUUAUUUAUAAAUCAAUAAGGCAAAAAAAUACUGUGUAAAAAAAAUUAUAGCAUUAAAAAUAGCUACUUUAUGACAUUUUGAGUUGAUUUUUAUUAUAAUUAUCAAUAAAAUGUAACUAAUAUGUCACAACUUGUCUUAUAAAGUGAAUAUUUUCUAUUGAUGGUCAUUAGAUAUAGCAGAGCUUACAGUCAUUUUUAAGUCACUAUGUGAGCACAUUAUUGUGUAAAUAGCUUGAAUUUCCAAGUGUAUUUAUAGAGGAUUUUAACCAUUUUAGCUUUGUUGUGAUCAACCUUGUUAUAUCAUGUUUUUGAAUUUGUUUCUUUGAAAGAAUAAAAAAUACAUUUUA